AUGCACAACCCUGUACAACGACAGUCUCGAUCACAACCUGAACACAAAGAACAAUCACAAUUACAAUCUGUACGACGAGCAUAUCAGUCACAGUGUAUACAGCCACAAAUAGGACACUCAACACAACCUACACAACGACAAGAAGAACAAAAACAACAAGAUAAAAAGAAGAAAAGAAAAAUAAAUACCGAGGUCCUCGUCAAAAUAAUGAACAAUCUAUGGGUUCUGAUACGGACAUAUAUACAAUUUCAUUUCAGAAAAGUGAAAAAUGGAUGCGUCAUCAGUACCACGAAUAGUGAAAAAAUCCCAAAGAAAAAAUGUCAUGGCAAUCGAAAAUUACGACGUUUGAGAAAGAAAUAUCGUAAACGUGGCAUGAAUGAUGAAGAAAUACUUCAAUUAAUUAAUAAUCCAAAUCAAACAAUAAAAACAACAACAACACCACGUCCAAUAGCGAACAACAAUAAUAGCAUAACUCCUAUUGAAGACAUGGAAAUAACAACGACAAGAACAACGACAGACAUUGCCACCACUCAUAAAUGUAAACGAAUGCCAAUCUCAUCAAGUACAUUGUCAUUAUCAAAACAACAACCAUUACCGAAAAAGACAAAACCAAAUAUUCUUAUGCCCAAUAAAAGAAAUAAUCGAUUACCAGCUUAUUUAAGAUCUCCAUCAAAAACUGAACAACAUUUUAUUUAUAAACGACUCCGAUUACUUGGUCGACAAUAUCGUCUUAAUCUUCAUCAAACUAUAUGGCAAUCCUAUUUAACUCUUGGAUCUGAACAACAAUUAUGGCCAAUACAAGAAACAACAACUUUUAUUCGUCAAUUGACACAAUUGAUCAAUAAAUUAAAUUAUUUCGAAUUACAAAUUGAACAAUUGAAUUAUUACCAUCACCUUGGCGUGGCUGAAAGUAUUUGGACUGGUUUAAAACCAAAACAGUCAGAAAUAUCUGCAGCCAAAUUGAUUUGGAGAGCAACAAAUGAUGAACAAACACUUCGAUAUGAGAUUGCCAUAUUCAAAAAUUGGUUCAAUUCCAAAUUAAACAAUAAAUGUUGUUACACUUUUGAACAAUUACAAUUGACGAAUAUUAAAAAUAUUUUAAAGACAUUAAUCCCUAAUCAAAAGCAGAUAGAUAUUCAAUUAUCGAAAGAUUUCAAUCAACAAAUACUGAUCAUCGCAGCACAAAAGGCUGAGAUCUAUGCUAAAAAAGUGCAACAUUACAAAGACAAAUUAUAUCAGCGUACACAUCAUAUUCAACCAUGCCAUCACAACGUUAUCACAGUCAUUGAAAAUCGACAGCAAAAUAUGGUCCAACGGGAUCAAUAG